UCCAGUCCGGUGGAAACUCGGGGCCCGCGGAAUUACCCGAACUGCCCCCCUGCGGCCUCCGGCCUCCGGCCCGCACGCCCCACCCGUCACGCACGGCCUCGCGAUGCCUGCCUCUGCCUGCCUGUUGCCGUAACAAAAACGCUGCGACGCGCGCAGACGACCACACCACCACCACCGUCUCUUUCUACCUCCUCGCUUUCCUCCACCGCCUCGACGUUCCCCGCCGGCGAGCCAACCGCCGCAGCCAGCCCUGCUGCGCCAGGCGCCUGGCGGCGCCCGCUGCCCCUGCUUCUCCCGUUGCGUCGCGUCGCGUCGCCGCAGUGCGCGGAACGGCCCGCGCGCGAGGACCCAUGGCGGCGACGGCGGAUCCGAGGGCGAAGCCGCCGACCGCGGCGUCGCACCACCUCAAGCCGUGGGCGGCCCCGCCGCCGCCUCGCGCCCACCGCGUGCCUUCUCCCCUCCCGGGCCCCGCAGUAACCGCGGGAGGCGCCGCGCGCGAUCGGCGUCGCUCCUCCUCCUCCUCCUCGUCGCACCGACGUGUCGGCGUCGGCGCCGACGCCGGCACCGUGAAGGAGGAGCUGUCGUGUGACGGCCGGAUAAAAGAUCUCCGCGACAAGCUCAUGGGCCACCUCCGCGACGCCGCCGACCGGCUCCAUCUGCCGCCCCCGGCCGCGUCGCCGCCUAAGGCGCAGCAGCCCCGGUUGUCGGGACCGGGACCCGAGCCGGCAGCGCCGCCGCUUCCACAGCCUUCGCCGCCCCAGCAACAGCAGGAGGCCACGCCCUCCGCCAGGCCGUGGAACCUGCGUGACCGCAAGUGCCGCCGACCCACGGCACGCGGGGCGGCGGCAGCAGCGGCAGCGGCAGCCGCACUCGACGCGUCGCCCACCGCGUGGGGUGAUGUCGCGGGGGCGGCCGAGAAGGCGCGGCGCUCCGUCGUGCCCUACCAAGAGCGCGCGCCGUUCGCGGUGGCGCUGACGGCGGAGGAGGUGGAGGAGGACGUGUACGCGCUGACCGGCGCCCGGCCGCGGCGGCGUCCCCGGAAGCGUCCUCGCGUCGUGCAGCGGCAGCUCGAUUCGCUGUUCCCGGGGCUGUGGCUGACCGAGAUCACCGCCGACGCCUACAAGGUCCCCGAAGAGUAGUAGUAGCAAGCAGCAGCUGCUGCAGCCCGCCACGCCGGCGCCACCUGCUCCGGCCGGCUAGUUGUUCACAAUUCUACUACCCUUGUCAUGAGAAGAGUCGCCAGAAACAUGAAGCAUAAUCUGUCUGUAAGUAGGUCUAGUCGAUUUGAUGAUAGGUGCUUUGUGUCCGAUCCGCUCGCCGUGUCCCAUCGCUUGUAACACUUUUUUUUCCCUUAAAAAGAUCUAAGCAGUGUGUCGUUCCAUCGAUC